AUGAAGUGGAACACCAUUACGGCCGCCCUCGGGCUAGCUGCCCCCGCGACGGCGCUGCUUCGUUUCGGCUGUGCCCGUCUAACAAUCCAACGUCUAGAUCCUCUGGUCACCCCGGGCCAGAACCCAUCGCCGCAUCUUCACCAGAUCAUCGGAGGGGACUCGUUCAACGUGUCCAUGGACCACCCCAAUCAUGACCUCGUCAAGCAAUCCACCUGCACCAGUUGCCAGUUCACCGAGGACUUCUCCAACUACUGGACCGCCGUCCUGUACUUCCGCGCAAGGAACGGAACUUUCAAGCGCGUUCCCCAAAUCGCCCAAGCUGGCAUGGAGGGCACCCAAGGGGGCAUGGUCGUCUAUUACAUGUCCGACGCCCUGUUCGACACGGCCCAGCGCUCCACCGUAACGGCCUUCAAGCCAGGCUUCCGUAUGCUAAUCGGCGACGCGUCAUACAAGACCCGGGACGAGGCGCGCGACUUCCGGCAGCUGACAUACACGUGCAUGGAAAACCAGGCGUCCCGGCAGCCCGAGAGCAUCGGGUUCCCCAAGACGCCAUGCAAGCUCGGCAUCAUGGCCAACCACCGAUUCCCGACCUGCUGGGACGGCGUCAACCUGGACACGCCCAACCACCAGGACCACGUCGCCUACCCAGAAACAGGAACGUUCGAGUCGGGCGGGCCGUGCCCGGCGUCGCACCCGGUCAAGCUGCCGCAGAUCCUGCUGGAGACGGUGUGGGACACGUCGGCGUUCAACCGGGCCGAGGACUGGCCCGAGGACGGCAGCCAGCCGUUCGUGUGGUCCAAUGGCGACUCGACGGGCUUCUCGUCGCACGCCGACUACGUCUUUGGCUGGCAGGACGACUCCCUCCAGCGCGCCAUGGACGCCCACACCUACGUCUCGGCCCCGAUGCUCAAGACCCAGAGCAUCGCCCAGCAGAACAAGUGCGUCGCCGAGGAGAUGGUCCACGAGGACUUUGAUGGCUGGCUGAAGGAGCUGCCGGGUGGAAACCCCAUCUUCUAA